AUGGGCUUCAUCGAACUUCUCUUGCAGAAAUUCCUCCUCGCCGCGGCUGGCGUGUGGACGGCUGUAUUCAUCGUCGGCCGUAUACGAGAACACCAAAAGAUCAAGAGCCUCGGCAGCUACGGCCCUUCUCUAAAGCCUCUUCUUCCGUUUGGCUUGGAUUUCGUCUACUACGGUGCUCGCGCCACAUUCCGCCAGCAGACCUUUGAGCUAUGGCGAGACGUCCUCUUUUCCCAAUUCUGGACCGUCGAGAUGCGUGUCCUCAACGAACGAGUCUGCUUCACUGCUGACCCCGAGAACAUCAAAGCCGUACUGGCAACUCAGUUCCAGGAUUUCGGCAAGGGGAAGCGGUUCCACGAUGAGUGGUACGACUUCCUCGGUGACAGCAUCUUCACCAUCGAUGGGGCCCCCUGGCACGACACUCGCCAGCUUCUGAGGCCGCAGUUCUCCAGAGACCGCGUGAGCGACUUGUAUUGCUUCGAGAAGCACGUGCAGAUGUUGUUCAAGGCUAUCGCCAACGGCGGUCCGUUGGAUGGGGAGAAUCAGUCAGUCGAUCUCUCGCGGGCUGAUAGACGACGGGUCGACAUUAAAGAUCUCUUUUUUCGGUUUACGCUUGACGCUUCCGCUGACUUUCUGCUGGGCACUGAUUUCAAAUCUCUAACAAACCCUCAACACACCCUCAUGAACUCCUUCAACGAAGUCCAGCGCAUCCAAAACAUCAUCGUCCGCGCCCCCCUGAUGCGCCCGUUCAUCUCCAAGAAGCCCUUCUACUCCGGCAUCAGAGACAUCGAAAACUUGGUCAACCCCAUCAUCCAGCGUGUCCUGAGCAUGACCCCGGACCAACUCGCCGCACACACAAAGUCCGAUAGGGACUACACCCUCCUGCACGAGCUCGCCGGCUUCACCCGCGAUCCCAAGCUUAUAAGGGAUCAGAUCUUCGCCAUCCUGCUCGCCGGCCGCGACACCACCGCCUCCACCCUGUCGUUUGCCAUGUAUGAGCUGAGCCGCCACCCAGAAGCUGUCGCUCGUCUUCGCAGCGAGAUUCUCACCACCGUCGGCACCCACCAACUGCCCACCUACCAACAUCUCAAAGACAUGUCCUACCUCCGCGCCGUCCUCAGCGAAACGCUCCGUUUAUACCCUCCCGUCCCGUUCAACGUCCGCGUCGCCCUCAAAGACACUACCCUCCCCCGAGGCGGCGGCCCCGACGGCACCUUACCCCUAUCCGUCCCCCAAAACACCAGAGUCGCAUACUCGACCCUCGUCAUGCAGCGCCGUCCCGAUCUCUACCCGCCCGUCUCGGAAGCUUUCGCCGAUCCGGCCGUCUUCGGCCCCGAGCGCUGGGCCGCCUGGCAUCCACGGCCGCACGAGUUCAUCCCCUUCAACGCCGGUCCGCGCUUCUGCCUCGGCCAGCAGUUUGCGCUUACGGAAAUGGGAUACACGCUAUGCCGCAUCUUUCAGCGCUUCGACCGGGUCCAGGGCUUCAUGCACGAGAUUGAUGGCGGCGAGUUGAAGUUGAAGACGGACAUUGUGCUGACUCCGGCGCAGGGAGUGCAUGUUGCCUUUUGGGAGGCUAAGAAUGACCAAUGA